AUGGAUUGCGCCCGUGAAUCUUUCGCAUUUGCAACAUAUAAACCAAAAUCAGAAAGGAAAGUUAAAAAGUUUGUUCAUUCGUUAUAUAAUAAUGUUCAAAAAUAUGAUAACUCAGUAUGUGGUAAAUAUAUUGACCCUUCAGAAGUUUUCAAGAAAGCAAAUGAAGAAGUUGAUGUCACUUUUGAUAUGAUUAUUCCGGUAAAUGAUUUGUUAGCAUUUCAGGCGUUCGAUGAUUAUCCUAAAUCAUUUGGUGAAAUCAUUCUUAAAUAUUAUGUUUUCAGGGAUACUUUAGUAUUUUGUCAGGUUGACCCGUUAAGAGUUGCUGAUUUACAAAAUUAUGUUUAUGAAAAGAUAACUGAUGAAAAUUAUGAAAAGAUUAUGAAUCAUGUUUAUAAAUAUGAUCGCAAAUUCCAACAAAUCGGACUUCCUGCCAAAUUAAUUACAAGCUUAGCCGCUACAUCUGCUGACGCAACAGUUGAAGACGUUAUUAUUUCAUGCACAAAGAUGGAAGUUUUAGAGGAUAAAUGCAUUACACCAGGAUACGGUUUAAUUGAAGAAUCAGUUAAAGCAAUACCACGUUUAUUUAGUAAGGAAGAUCCAUUCAUGAUUCCAGCUCAACAUAUUGACGUUCGUUCACUAAAUGGAGGUUGCAUCACUCCUGAAGGUAUCAGCUCAGAUUUCUCAUACGCUCUUCAUAAUGUUACAGAUGUUGUGUUAACAUUUCCGAAGAAUGCAAUGCAAAGAACGGUUUUAGAAAAUCCAAUGCUUCGAGGUCUUCAGGUCACUAUAGAUUCCAGAAACUUCCCCGAUCAAGCGAUGACCACAGUGGGCGACAUAUUCUUUACACGUAUGCUUCAAGCUUCUGAUUUAGAUGGA